AUGAAGACGAUCCCAACGUUAUGUGCAACCAGCACUGUCGGUGUAGCAGCUGUGGGCUAUUCUUUUGCCCAUCCUGACAAUUCUACGCCCACGACCCAGCCGCGCAACGACGGCAAGGCAAGGACCGCUGAACGGAUUGGACAUCAGGAUACUUUCAUUUCUGACAAAGAGCGCCCUGUCUCUGUGGGGUUUCCUCCCGGCGCAUGGCCCGAGAAUACCGCAUCGUCGAGACCGCCUUCGACGGCAAAUGGCUAUAUUGGGAGCUUUGAGCGCCCGAGCAGCUCCCACAUAGCUUUUCUAAAUCACCUCCCGUGGUAUAGCCAUGUAGACUCCCCGCCUGUCGCUGAGCAGCCGCUGCCAUCCAUGGACUCUUCGGCCACACUUCGAUCUUCGCGUCGGACCUCGUGGCUCAAACGAUUGUCAGGUCUCUCCUCACAUGACUCGAGUCCGACCUCGUCCUCUCGCCCCGCAUCGCCCUCCAUUUUCUCAAAUGGCUCUAGUCAGCCAAUACUCGCAGACCCUUGCCCUUCUAAUACUCUACCUACAGGCGCCUUGCCGCCAAACAAGCUGGUUAAGCGCAGUCGCUCUCGAACCGCGACCGGCUCAACCGCGCAGCUUGCUAGCUCAGGCGAAAAGGUGCCAACUCUGAGACGUCCGGCAACUAGCCACCAGCGUUCUGCAACCCUCCGACGCCUUCACUUGGGAGAUGGUUCGUACGCUCGAACGCCUCGUCACCCCAGAAAGUCAAUCUUGCCCCGUGAACAUGACACUUGGCGACUCCAUUUCAGACCAACGAUGGCGAAGGGGACAAAGAGUGCAAGCGGCUGGAAUGGGGAUAGUGCUGCAAUCAGGCGUAUCGUCCCAGAUAUGAGGAAUCAGCCCACUUUGGUGCUUGGAGACUCUGUUCUUCCUCCAGAAUUGGAGUUUGAGGAUUCAAGAGGGAGUUUGGACGAAGAGGACGAGUACAUCUUCAGAGAUGAUCGCCCUGCUACGGCGGCAGGGCUUCAGACGUUUUUCUCUAGCGCCGACAUUUCGUCGCCGAUCGAUGGCCAUAAAACCCCCCAGCGUCCCUCGAGACGCUCCUUUUCGAUUACUGAUAUACUUUCUUCACAUCCUCCUUCAUCCAACCCUUCACGCUCUCAUAGCUUUCUUGUUUUAAAAAGGUCAAAGUCCGGGGUAGGAAAUGGGAGGAGAAGUGUCUCUGCGCCCCUGUCGCCAUCUAUAAAUCCACCAGGAUCGUCUUCAACGUCAGGAACGGACGAUCCAAUGAACAAUUUGGAUCAGAUGGGUUCAAGCACCUUUUCAGGAGAGACUGGUGACACCUCCAUUGAUUCUACCUCCGUUAAGUCCUUUAAAGUCACGGGACGACCUCGCAAUGUAUCCGCUCCUCUUCCUGUCCUUGGUCCGUUAUUAGAAGGGAACUCGGGUUUCGGACCCUCGCCCCUUGCGUCCUCUGCGAUGGAAAAGGCAGAUUCUGCAGACCUACCAACUCCACCAACUACAACCUCAUCUUCGAUUGGCCCUCACCGCAUCUCACUUGGCCCUUCCGAAAAAGCUUCAACGCUGGUGGGAUCCGAUAGCGAAAUGAGGAUGAUGUCAGGAGAUGACGAUGACUCGGAUUUUCAUAGUGAUACAGUCUAUGACUCGAUUCGGUCAUCGCGCAUGGGUACAGCAGGUAGCGUCACAGGGACACCAGGGCCGAACAUAGAUACAAUCGUUGACGAGUCACCACCCCGUCCUAACAAGACUGAGUCUUGCAUUACAAUCGAUGAUAGUUUGCCCAGCAGUCUUCCCUCCAUUCGUUCGGAGAUGGAUAUCAAGAUCGGCAAACAGCUUCCCAGUCAAAGCGAUAGUACCUCGACUCUCAAGCCAGUGGAUGUCGAGAGUGAGCCUGAGGACUUUUCUACUCCAAUCAAGCCCGCUCCCCAAUUAGUCCGCCCAUCUCAGGUGGGUGACCAUUCCCCUUCGCGCAUAGUUCUGCCUCUAAGCCUUGAGGAUGUGGACUGGGAUGCCAAGGAAACCUCUGCAGAAGAUACGGGUUGGUCAUUUGACGAAGAUGAAGAAAUCGAAGACUGGGACCUUGACCUUCCCGCUGGAAAUGAAUUGCCUUAUCCCCACUCACCGCAAAUACAGCCUCCAAGCUCGUUGGAACCGACGUCCAAAUUUGACUUCAUCAACGCCCCUUUGAGGCUUGACACCGGCCAAGGGCAGAGGAGUGCGAGAGCCAGUAUCUUUGAAUGGUCUGAACAAGCUGCGCCAUUCAAGGACGCACAAACGGGUACAGUGGUCAGGCCAAGUACAGUCCAUGGAAAGCAAGGGCUCAACUUUGGAACAAGCAAGUUGCAAGGACGUAAAAAGGCGAGCAAGGCGCACAUUCGCAGCCAAAGCGUGCCAUCGAUGGCUCCAGAUUUUGGCCCAAAUCGGGAGCAGAAUACCGCGAAUAGCCAUUUUGGAACCUGGGGACUACCAAGCAAGGGUCCCUCUGAAGACUGGAAUGAUGAUUUCGACUUUGGCGAGAGUGAGGAGAGUCAAUGUCCUACCACUGAAGAAAGGCGGGUAGAUAGCGGCAUCGCCAUGUUUGUCCCGCAGGCUAUCCGCGAACAACAGGCAAAUGUUCUGGGUCAUUUGGGACACGUUAGGGAGUUUGCCCUUUUGGUUGAGGAUCUCAAGCGCUUGCGUACCUUAGCUCUAUCUAAGGGCAUUGUAAAUGGUCCAUCGGCUGGUCUCUGGAAAGAGGCCGAAGGAAUCAUCAAUCUCGCCACACUCGAUGACGACGAACAGGAGUUGCUUCCUCCUGGUACUCCCGCAGACUCAGAGUUUGAUUUCAGCGCAUUCGAGGAGUCUGUAACUCCCGCGCCGAUAGGUCGACCUCGACGCAAGUCCGUCUUAUCCCCAGACGACGAUGUGUUUGGGAUUACCCCCCAAAAGCAGGAUUCCGGACGUCCAUCGAUCGACUCUUCAAGGCAAUCUAUUACACCCAAUCGACCGCGAAAAGAUUCUUCCGCUGUGGCAAGAUCAGUGAUUGAAACGAUGCACCUUCGUCGAAGCGAAACGGCCCCUGCCCUGACCGUUACUAAGUCUCAAUCUCCCAAGAAGAUGCCAUUUGAUACCACGACCCUCAAAGAUCUGGUAGGCCAUGUAAACGUUUUGGCACGGAACCUUGCCGAGGUAGUGCGCAAUGCCGAGGGGGAUUUAUCUGAGCCUCCAACCGCACAAGAUCCUCCAUUCAGUAAAAUAUUUGCCCAGCGGCCAAAUACCCCUCCCUUGAGUGCUGCUGAUCGUAUUCUUCGAACGAAGAGCAGUGCAAGCGUCAGUCGGUCCUCCCCGCACAGUCACGAAAGGGAGAAUGAGCUAUGUGGGCAACUUGCUACAAUGACUGUCAACUAGAGUUCACCUUGGACACGAUUUCUUCGGCUCAAAAUAGAACAACCCAUGGGCAAGCUUCCGCGCUUUCUCCUUCAUCGUCGUAGAGGGUGCUAUUUUCUCAUCCUCCACCGACCUUUUUCACCUCUUUGUUUGUACAUGAAGGCUAUGCAUUUUAUCUUGCAAUUGCAUCGGGCGGGGUUAAUACGGCUCUCCAAGCCAAUACCACUAUUACAAGACUUGUCUCUUUCUCGCAUUCACUACAUUAAAUUCCUUAAACUCUCCUUGACGACGAAUUUUCUUUCCGUAUCCCUCUUUCGAAGCGGUUUAAAUUAAACGAGGACGCAUUAGAAUCAUUCUGCCAGUUGUGGCGUAGAAGCGCGCAAGGGCAUAUGACACGCAUACGAACAAAAAGUCUUGUGCAUCAGAG